AGGCAGGAGACGAAGCACACGUGACAGGUAUCAAAUACAUUCCAUUCGCUCCAUUCCAGCAUUUUAUUAUGAGCCGUUCUCCCCUCAGCAGCCUCCACUGAAGUCACGGGCUUCUCGGAGAGAAGCAUGCUACAGAACAUGUCAGGGGGGAGCAGUGGGCAUACCAGGAGGCGAGAGGAGUUUAAGGUUGUGAUAGUAGGUGAUGGUGGAUGUGGGAAAACCUCCCUACUCCAGGUUUGCACUAAAGGAGACUUUCCAGAGAAAUAUGUACCAUCUGUGUUUGAAAAAUGUGUCGCCAACGUGAGGUACAGAGGCGCUGAGUUUCGUCUGAACAUCUACGAUACUGCAGGUCAAGAGGACUAUGACCGAUUACGCCCUCUGUCCUAUCAGAGUGCCAACCUGAUAUUGAUCUGCUAUGAUGUCACUUGCCCCUCAAGUUAUGACAAUUUGCUAAUCAAGUGGUUCCCCGAGGUGCAUCACUUCUGCCGUGGCGUGCCCAUUAUACUUGUAGGAUGCAAAACAGACCUGCGGAAAGAUAAGGUCUUGGUAAAGAAACUGUGGUCUUCAGGCGAGAACCCCAUCACAUACAUCCAGGGUGAAGAGACCAAAAGGAAGAUCAACGCUGACCUCUACUUGGAGUGUUCAGCCAAAUACAAGGAGAAUGUGGAGGACAUAUUCAGAGAGGCUAUCAAACGAGCCAUUGCAGCAACAAGGAAGGCAAAAUGGAAAGGAUUCUGUGCCUUUCUGUGACCCAAGAGAUAAUGCUAUCCCCACUGUGAGCUCCUGAUAGACAGUGCUCUAGACCUAUACUCUCAGGGAAAACACAGAUGACUCCUCCCAACGACAAGUCCUCUUACACUUUUGAUGCUGCGUGUCCACUUCAUUUUACCCUGUGCUAACCCACUUCCUUUGUGUGGUUUUCCUUCCUGCUAACUCUUGACAUAUCUUCUAAAUGUAUUUAUUUCAAAGAAACGGAAAAUGCCCUCAAGUUAUAGACCCACAAAUAAGGAAAUUGGGUCUUCAACAAUUUGAGCAUACAUGAGCAGGACAUGGCAAAUAAUUGAAGGUACCAUUGUUUUCCAUAUUGAUGCAUCCAAUAUUUUUCAUUCAAAAGGUUGACUAACAGUAAUUCAAAGUACAUCUCAUAUAAGUAUUUAAAAAAAACUUUAAUAUGAAUAAAUGAAGCAACAUAAGAUGGAUUUUCUUAUAUUAUUCUUUAUUCAGUAGGCAUAGGGUUAUGCAUAACGUAAUCAAAUAUACAAAAUGCACAAUGGUUGUCUAAUAAAGAGGUCAUAUCAAUCCAAUCCUCUGCCCUUUGGAGUCUCACCACAAUGUAACAGAUUUACAGUAUAAGACAAUGAUUUGGCAUCAGACAAUGCAGUGUAAACAUUGUGGGGUUUCAUAAGCCCCAGGCACUCGAAGACCUCUUACAAAUCUCGGCCUCAAAUGGCAUUUAAGGGGGAUGUUACAAUCAUCAUACAGUAUACGCUGAGUGUACAAAACAUUAAGGACUCCUUCCUAAUAUUGAAUAGCACCCCCCCCCCCUUGCCCUCAGAACAGCCUCAAUUUGUUGGGGCAUGGACUCUACAAGGUGUCGAAAGAGUUGGGUUAACUCCAAUAUUUCCCACAGUUGUCAAGUUGGCUGGAUGUCCUUUGGUUGGUGGACCAUACGAAAGAGGACAAUUGACUCCUAAAUAAUAAAAACAGAAGAUCAUGUGCCAUUAUUUGAUGAAAGUAAAUGUGUGCACUUGGAUCACAUUUAAAAGGUCGACAAAGAUCUGAAUAUAUUGCCUCCAUAAAAAUGCAUUUAUUAAUUUGCCCUCUAGUUUGAAGUAUUUCCUUUAGAAGAAGCUACUUGUGAUUUGUCAAAAUGCAAAACAAACAGCUUUACAAUCGCUAAGAAAAGUACUUCACAUUGAAGGUGGUAUUUCAGCCUGACAUGAAGAACUGGGAACCAUAUCCCAACCAACCUGUCUAAUAAUGACAUAAUGUAGAGGAAAAGGUUAAACAAAUACACUACCGUUCAAAAGUUUGGGGUCACUUAGAAAUGUCAUUUUUGGUCUGUUAAAAU